UUAGAGCUAUUUAUUUGUUGCAGUAUACUUCCACUUGGUUGAUCUUUAACUGAAUGUCUCUGAUCCUCAUAGUGAGUGUCUCUAUUACAACUAUUAACCGCUACAAUAUUUAUCAUAAACUAUAACGUUUUAUUUAAUCUUAACAUCUGACUGGUGUUAGUUCUACAGCAGGUGUUUUCUAGGUGUGACUCCAGAGAGGGGAGGAGGAGUCUCGAUGAACCUUCUAGCUAAACUGACCAUCAGCUUCUUUCUCUCUCCUAACACUCACUUCCUCCUUCAGCUCUUCCAUAGUGGAAUGAUGCAUGAUGGUCAAUGGAGUCUCUUUGGUGUGGGGGGUUGAGGGCAUUGUGAUUUUUAAAACUCACUCGACUGCGCAGUUUAAACUGUUUAGUGAAGGAAACCUGAAAUAUGAUGUUGGACGUGGUCCCGUUUUUAUAGAUUUAGAAUGAACAGACUAAACCUCCGAUUUGAAAAAUAAACUACAACAUUUAACUUUGACUGAUAUUCCUGUCUAUAGUCACACCUCUCACCACAAUUGGACGUGUCAACCUGUCAGUCAAGCGUCUCUCUCGGGCCCUUGCACCAAUGAGGUCUCCCGGUGACCCGGCGGUCGGUCAGCCUGAGCAGGGCGUGUUCUGUGUGGAGGUCGGAGGUGACGUUUGGGCGUGUAUGUUUCAGGUUCCACCGUGGCGGAGCUGGAGGGCAACAUGCACCAGUUACUAAGGCAACGGGCCUGUCGGCUGGUCCAGCGGCGCCAGGAUGAUAUUAAAGAUGAAUCGGCGGAGUUUGCCAGCCUUUCAAGUAAGGCUGUGAUGGCACCUAACCUCAUGUCUGUUGACUCAUUUGGGAGAGACAGGACAGUCUAUCAGGAGCACGCCAGACAGAGAAGGAUCGCUGAACGGGAAGCCAGACGAACGCGGCGGCGGCAGGCGCGGGAGCAGAACGGGAAAAGGGCAGAGCAUCUAGAGGGGCUGUCCUCCGACGAUGAGGAGACAUCGACUGACCUCACAUCGUACUGUCUGGAGAGAGAUCGUAUCGUGCGUGAGAGUAAGAAGGUGUUUGAAGAUGUGCUGGAGGACUUCCAUUCUCUGACAGUAUCAAGAGUCGUUUGA